CUCGGUGCCACUCGCCGCGCUCCGAAGUGCGGGACAGAAUCGCGGCGAGCGCGGAGCCGAAGCUCAGCCCGACUUGUUGAUCUCGCGCAGGCAGCCGCGGCCGCCGCCGAGCCGAGCCGGAGCCCGAGGUGGAGGCGGAGGCGCCGCCGAUCGCCCGGGCCGCGCCGUCCCUGCGCCCCGCAGAGCGCCCCGCCCGCGCCCCGCAGCCCCGGCGCCGCCCUCCCGCCCGCCCGGCCGGCCCGGGUAGGCCUAGCCCGGCCCCGGGACCGCCGCUGCCGCGGGCGGGGGCGCGGGCGGGCGGCCGGCGAGAUGCGCGCGGCGCGGCCCCGGGAGGCGGCCACCCUGGGGCCGUCGGGAUGGAGGUGAGACGGUAGCCGCGACGCCCGCCCUCGCGCACCCCUGCACCACAGCGGCCUGCAGAGCUCCCCGCCCCCCGCCCCCGCGGCAGCGGGCCUUGCCGUCGAGUGACAGCGGCCUGGGGGGGCAGGGGGGGCGGGGGCGGCCAGACCAGCGAUGCCGGCGGGCAUGACGAAGCAUGGCUCGCGCUCCACCAGCUCGCUGCCGCCCGAGCCCAUGGAGAUCGUGCGCAGCAAGGCGUGCUCGCGCCGGGUGCGCCUCAACGUCGGGGGCCUGGCGCACGAGGUGCUGUGGCGCACUCUGGACCGCCUGCCUCGCACGCGGCUGGGCAAGCUCCGGGACUGCAACACGCACGACUCUCUGCUCCAGGUGUGCGACGACUACAGCCUCGAGGACAACGAGUACUUCUUCGACCGCCACCCUGGCGCCUUCACCUCUAUUCUCAAUUUCUACCGCACCGGCCGGCUGCACAUGAUGGAGGAGAUGUGCGCGCUGAGCUUCAGCCAGGAGCUGGACUACUGGGGCAUCGAUGAGAUCUACCUGGAGUCCUGCUGCCAGGCCCGCUACCACCAAAAGAAGGAGCAGAUGAACGAGGAGCUGAAGCGGGAGGCUGAGACGCUGCGGGAGCGGGAGGGCGAGGAGUUCGACAACACGUGCUGUGCUGAGAAGAGGAAGAAACUUUGGGACCUGCUGGAGAAGCCCAACUCAUCGGUGGCCGCCAAGAUCCUGGCCAUCAUCUCCAUCAUGUUCAUUGUCCUCUCCACCAUUGCCCUGUCACUCAACACACUGCCUGAGCUACAGAGCCUGGACGAAUUCGGCCAGAGCACGGACAACCCGCAGCUGGCACACGUGGAGGCUGUGUGCAUCGCGUGGUUCACCAUGGAGUACUUGCUGAGGUUCCUGUCCUCGCCCAAGAAAUGGAAGUUCUUUAAGGGCCCCCUCAACGCCAUUGACUUACUGGCCAUCCUGCCCUACUACGUCACCAUCUUCCUCACAGAAUCCAACAAGAGCGUGCUGCAGUUCCAGAAUGUGCGCCGUGUGGUCCAGAUCUUCCGCAUCAUGCGCAUCCUGCGCAUCCUGAAGUUGGCCCGCCACUCCACCGGUCUGCAGUCCUUGGGCUUCACGCUGCGCAGGAGCUACAACGAGCUGGGCUUGCUCAUCCUCUUCCUCGCCAUGGGCAUCAUGAUCUUCUCCAGCCUGGUCUUCUUUGCCGAGAAGGAUGAGGAUGACACCAAGUUCAAAAGCAUCCCCGCCUCUUUCUGGUGGGCUACCAUCACCAUGACGACCGUUGGUUACGGAGACAUCUACCCUAAGACUCUCCUGGGGAAAAUCGUGGGGGGCCUCUGUUGCAUUGCCGGUGUCCUGGUGAUUGCCCUCCCCAUUCCAAUUAUCGUCAAUAACUUCUCCGAGUUCUACAAGGAGCAGAAGCGCCAGGAGAAAGCCAUCAAGCGGAGAGAGGCUCUGGAGAGAGCCAAGAGGAACGGCAGCAUCGUGUCCAUGAACAUGAAGGAUGCCUUCGCCCGGAGCAUCGAGAUGAUGGACAUCGUGGUGGAGAAAAAUGGAGAGGGCGUGGCUAAGAAGGACAAGGUGCAGGAUAACCACCUGUCUCCCAACAAGUGGAAAUGGACCAAGAGGGCGCUCUCCGAGACCAGCUCGAGCAAGUCCUUUGAAACCAAGGAGCAGGGAUCUCCUGAGAAGGCCAGGUCCUCGUCUAGUCCGCAGCACUUGAACGUCCAGCAGCUGCAAGACAUGUACAGCAAGAUGGCCAAGACCCAGUCUCAACCCAUCCUCAACACCAAGGAGAUGGCGCCGCAGAGCCAGCCGCAGGAAGAACUGGAGAUGGGCAGCAUGCCCAGCCCCGUGGCCCCUCUGCCCACGCGCACAGAGGGCGUCAUCGACAUGCGCAGCAUGUCUAGCAUCGACAGCUUCAUCAGCUGCGCCACGGACUUCCCUGAAGCCACCAGAUUCUCCCACAGUCCUCUGGCAUCCCUCUCCGGCAAGUCUGGGGGCAGCACAGCCCCGGAGGUGGGCUGGCGGGGGGCUCUGGGUGCCAGCGGCGGGAGACUCAUGGAGACCAACCCCAUCCCCGAGGCCAGCCGCUCUGGUUUCUUCGUGGAGAGCCCCCGGAGUUCCAUGAAGACCCACAACCCCAUGAAGCUGCGAGCGCUCAAGGUUAACUUCCUGGAGGGCGAUCCCACCCCGCUGCUACCGGCUCUGGGCUUGUAUCACGAUCCUCUUAGGAACAGAGGAGGCGCAGCGGCUGCAGUCGCCGGACUGGAGUGUGCCUCCCUCUUAGACAAGCCCGUGCUGAGCCCGGAGUCCUCCAUCUACACCACAGCAAGUGCCAGGACGCCCCCUCGCUCCCCAGAGAAACACACAGCAAUAGCGUUCAACUUCGAGGCGGGGGUCCACCAGUACAUAGACACCGACACUGAUGACGAGGGUCAGCUGCUCUACAGCGUGGACUCCAGUCCUCCCAAGAGUCUCCACGGGAGUACCAGCCCCAAGUUCAGCCUUGGAGCUAGAACAGAAAAGAACCACUUCGAGAGCUCCCCGUUGCCCACCUCCCCUAAGUUCUUAAGGCCGAACUGUGUCUACGCCUCAGAAGGGUUACCUGGGAAAGGUCCCGGGGCCCAAGAGAAAUGCAAGCUGGAGAACCACACCUCCCCCGAUGUGCACAUGCUGCCUGGGGGAGGAGCACACGGGAGCACUCGGGAUCAGAGUAUCUGAGCUCCCUACCACAGAGGGUAUUUGCAGGAGACAUCGAGGAGGAGGGAUGCUUGGCCUGCCUGCCGCUGAGUUCUGCGUGAACUCGGAGACCCAAGGACCCCACACACACACAAUUUUCCCCACCCCCGCAGAGCCCCAGCGACAGGAGAGACCCUGAGAGCCACGACAAGUCUGUGGACACCAACUAGGAUGGGGACCACACCUAACAGCUUCUUCCUUAGAUGGCAGGAGCAGAGCUGACAGCCACAUACUCCUAGUCUCCUUUAGAGGCUCUGUCUGCCUCUGAGUGCGUCAUCGCCAUCUCUCAUGGCGUCAGCUGAGGCAGGUGUUGGAGCAAGGGGUUGCUAGUGAGAGAGUGGGCUGGCCAAGCAGUAGUGGGUGUCCCCCCUCUUGUUAGAGGGGUACAGAGGACACUUGAUCCUGAGGGAGUCUCCACUUCAUCAGCCACACUCCUAGGGCAUAACGCUUAAACAAGCAGCGGCUCAAAUGAUUCAGUAUUCUGUGGUAUCUGGGGCUUUAGUCUGAGAAGCUGUCAGGAGGAGCUGACAAUUUAAACUCAAUCCUUUCUGCUCACCUGGCAAUCCAGAAAGGGUUCCAACAGUUGGCACGCAGCCAAGGGGAUAUAAGCCAGGGCUGUCACAGGAAUGCGGGUCCCAAACAGGGCUAGCCCGGACUGAAAAGAUAAGCGUCAAAUAUGCAAACGAGAUAGAUUAUUCAAAAAGACUGUGUGUGACUGAAAAACAACAUUAAAAAAAUAAUAAAUUUCAUUUUCUACAUGAAAAAAAAAAGAAAAAAGAAAAGAAAAAUCCUUCACUGAACUGCCCUGUGAAGAAUUGUGACUACUUUCUGCUGUGGUGUGGUAGGGAACACACCUACUAUGAGAGGAAGUUCUCUCUCUCUUUUUUUUUCUUUCUUUUUUUGUUUCCUGUAGUAUUCAAGCUAAAAAAUAAUAAUAAUAAUAAGUUAAUAAAAAAAGCACUUUAUGUUUUUCUAAUCUAGGUUCUACCAGGGACAGUGUCAAGAUCUCGCACUUUAAAACAAGCACUAUUUCCCCUGGGCCGUAAGCUGGCCCUGCACUUGGGGUAUUACUUGUGCCCAUUUCUGGCCACAGUGGGUCUACCGUUACCACAUCAGAGUCCGGGGCUUUUCCGUGACCCCUCAGGAUCACCCCUCAUCCCUCAUGGGACAGGAGAGGUCCUCAGGUUUCGGAGGCAGGGAUCUCUUAAAGCCUGCGUACAAGAGACACACAACGUCUCAGAAGGGCGCAGCAAGAGUUGGGUGUCGGGUGUUGUACCGCUCUUUCUUGUCAACCGGCCAUUGUGUGUUCUAUGUUACUGUCUGUCCCAAAAGCCCGACGCUCCUCCCUGAGGCCAUCUAGGCAGACGGCACAGCCAAAAGCAAUAAGUACCCAUGUGUAUCCCUCGAGGUUCCCGUGCACUUCCUGGUGUCAGUCUUCCUGUCCAAGCGUUGACCUGGCGUCGUCCCGCCUGCUUGUGACCCAGUGGCACAGUAUUGUUGGCCCUUCCUCAGUGACACCAGUCUGCGCAAAUGCUCUAGUUACGGCGAUGUUGUUGGUCAGCCUGUCUCUGGUACAAUAGGGCAAUGUGGUUUUCUUACUAUAGUGUGAGUGGGUAAUGUCCCAAAUGCUGUAGUGUCCUCCUCCCUGUCCUCAGAACAGUGACGGGCAUGUCUUCCUGAUGAAGCAAAGACAAUAAUGGUCACCUGUCCUCAGUAUCGUGUGUGGCUGGUCGGCCCAGCAGUCCGAUGGCAUGAUCCACCCGUCAGCACACGUAGCACAUCACGAUCUUCUGCCUUCUCUUGUUUCCAUAGCUGCGGUCAGGCCACCUGUCCCAGGUAGGAUGCUAAAGGCUCAUCCCACCACCCUUAAACAAAGUGUUCAUGACGCUUCUCAGCAUCUCCAAAGACCUGGGUCCCCCCUCCCUCCAGAGGGCACAGCUUGGUAUUUUGCUGUUUUCAUGAAGAAAAUAAGAAGUUGACUCUGCCUCACCAUCCGUCCUCAGAGCUUUCUCAAAACAGGAGCAAAGGGGCUGAGACAGUGCCGGGUCACGUGCACCAGCGGCAUCCUGGAGACAGGAAGCAGGGGGGCGGGGCUCCACGGCCCCCUGCUGAGCUCUGCCUGGCGCUGGGGCCUGUGUGUGACCGGUGAUCGAUGAUCGUGGGACCUUUCUGCUGACCAUCUUCCAUGUCUGUCUUUUGUGUUGCUCAUAAGUCACCCAUCAGCACAAAUGUGAAAAUUCAGGGAAACAAACAAAUGCUUUUUGAUAAAAAGUAAAUAGUUGUGAUUUCCGAUUCAGAUAUUUUUAGAGCUAUCUGUAAAAAAAAAAAAACCUCCUACUGAUGAUAUAGUCUAUUUUACAUAUCAGGAAGUAAACACGUCUUAACAUAGCCAUAAAUAGCCAGAAGGAAGUUACCGCCCCCCUUCUUUAAACCAAGGCAUUUCAUUGGUUGGUUAAGCCGACGGCGGGUGUACAGUGUAGAAAUGAUUGCUUUCUUUUUUAAGAACCACUUGGUGCGACUUUUCUUGUAACCAAAGGCCCUUUCUGCCUUGUGUAGGACCUGGCUGUCCCUCCCUCUUGUGUUUUGUCUGACUUUAAAGUAGCAUUAUACCGAGAAAAUGAUGAAUCCAGAAUACCUUUCCUAGCUGCAUAGGCAGAGUCUGACAGAACUCCUAUAGAGACAACCAUCAAAACAGUAUAGACGAAGCAAAAGAAGAGUUUUCCAUUUUGGUUUUUGUUGGCGUUUUUUUUUUUUUUCCUUUCACUUAUAUUUGUGUGAACUGUGGGAAUAUAGCUUCCCCCACACAAGUGUAACUCAAGUUAGAAUAUUAUAAAUUUUUCUACCAACCCUCCAUGGGCUAAAAAGGAACACAGAGUCUCAGGCCGCAUGUACCUGACCCGGGUACAUGUGUUUACACGCACUGGGAAAUCUUGGGUUGCCAAGAUGAAGAUGAAUCUGACAGAUGGGUCUCAGCAGUGAAGACAAGAGCCAGGGGAUGGGGACAGAGGCCACUUGAACAUGGUGGUCCACCUGGCCUGACCCAACCAGAGCAAAAGGAAGUGAGAUACCCAAAUAACUCCAGGGGCUGGAGGCGGAGAUCUCCCGGUCCGGUUAUGAAAUCAACAGGACUAUCAAAAAGCCAGCUGAAUCGGAGUCCCAGCAUCCACCACGUCAUCAGAAAAGGCCAGGCGUCGGACUGCUGUGCGCACCUGUCGCACCGGGAAAGCCUUACUGUGGACAAGGUGAGGACAAGCCAGUUCUUUUGCCUUUUCAUUUUUGGAUGUUUCCAAAGCAGCAGAUCUGGGGCAACAGAUCUCUCUCUGGUAUUCUACCUUAAGCACAUUUAGAUGAGAGAGAGAGUAAAGGAGGAGAGAAUAUUUGUCAUCGAGGAGAGAGGAAACGCCAAAGUAAUGAGGAAGCCACCCUUAACCUGCUCCACUCACCCUGACAGUUGCUGGGAAUAGGAGCUCUUUUUCCUCCCAAGUCUCACCUUCUCUUCAUCUCCUCUGUGUUCUGUAGCUGCAGCCUUGUCUCUGUCCCUUCUCCCGAGAAGAUCCACAUCUCUAAGGAGGAAACAAGACGCAACAGCAUCCUCUUCUAUACAACUGUAAUGUAUUGUCAAUAUUUAUAAUUAUGUAUUUGUCUGACUCUGGUCAUGGCUGGAAUGUCUAGUCCUUGAACAAGGACAUAUUUAAAGUUCAUCACAGAAAAGGGUCCCUAAAGCCAGGUAUCUCUAUAUAGAUAGGUAGGUAUAGAUAUAUAAAUAGAUCUCUUUUCCUUGUUUCUCUGCCAACUUUGUCUCGAGUAAAAUAACCACAGCCUGCACUGAAUCAAAGGGGGAUGGGUACACAGAAAAGCUUCUAGAACAUCCUCGUUUGGAGACAGACUUUGUGUAUGUGUAUCUGACAGGUUGGCAGGAGGAAGAUGGGGGCUCCGAGGCCCCCAGCAGGACAACAGAACACUCUAGCCUUGGGCGUUUCCUAACCUAUUAUUGUUUAUAUGACAACCCCCAAAUACUUUCAUGUCUCUAGGCCAGGGCCGCCCAAAGCAGCCCAGGCCACACCUGGAAAGAAGACUUACCUCUGCAUUUCCUGUUGCCAUUUUUCUGGCCCUAGAAGCAUCUAUAUCCUAGGACGUCCACACAUCUCAGAGUAGUCUAUUUUUUUGUUCAGAUAAAAUAUAUACAUAUAUGUAUUUUUAGUAUAUUUAUAAUAGGGCAAUUGAGUCUAAUUUCUUUUGUAACAGAGUGAUAUCUUGGGGAUUUUAUUGUUGCUCAUUUGCAUAGCUGGUCUUUUCUGCUGUCAUUCCUUCCCACUGUCCCUUGGGCUGGUUUUUUGGUUUUGUUUUGUUUUGUUGGAUUCCAGUUGUCUGGAGAUGGGAAAAGACUGGGGUUUAAUAUCCUGGAAGAUGGAGUUCCUAGCAAUGGGUGGGUGAUGGGGGUCUGGGAGAGCAACUCUGUGUCUUUCCUCAUCAGGUCUAUGUCCCCUGGCUGUCACUCUUAAGAAUCCAGGUAUGCAGGAGCAAGCCAGGUGAAGACGGGUGCAAUUGGGACCUGGGCUGCCGGGAGCUCAGACAGAGCUCGGACGCUUGCUUCCCUUCCCAAAUCUUAAAGGACUGUGCUUUCUGGUUACCAGAAAUAUUAGAAUCAAGACCCUCCUGCAAGCAAACUUGUCUCUGAGCUCAGGAGCAUUCCUGAGUCCCUCCUGGCUAGAUUGUCCCCAAGUCCAGCUAUCCUGCUUCCCAGGGCCACCAACUGGAUCCAAGGACCAGGGUGUGUGCAGGCUCCAGCAAAUCUCAGAAGAAUGUGCUGUGUGUCUCCAUUCCAUUUCUCACAGUCUUACCAAAAAUCAGUGGCCAGACAGCCUUGUAGCCAAACGCUGAGGAGUGACAGACAGCCCAAAGCUGUGAUCCACCCAGCCCCUCGAAGCGGCACCAAGGUGAGACUUGAGGCAAGGGUGGCAGUAUUUUUUCAGCUUCUGCUUUUCCAAGUCUCCAGUCUUUGGUCAGUUCUGAACAUCCAAGUCUCCAGUUCUUGGUCAGUCCUGAACAUCCAUUGGAAACAAUUUUGAGCCUAGGCUCAGGUGGUGGACAGACUCCACAUGGAGUGAAGGGGUCUGCCAACCAUCACCUUCCAUGGGACAAGAAAAGCCAAUCAGAUCACCUCCCAUGCCCAACCAGUCACCUACCUGCCUCAGCUCUGGACUCUGAGCUCUGCCAGCACCAGAAAUUUGAGUCAAGCCAGAUCAGCCCUAUCAGACAGCGAUGGUGUUCCCACUGAAAGAACCCCAAGAGGAUGCAGCCCAAAUGCAAAUUUAAUAUUCUGGUGGUUGGAUUGUCUUUCCUCCCCCUUGGGUUUGUUCUGUUGUGUGGUGUUGGGGACCUAACUAGGGCCUUGGCUGUGUCAGACAAGUGCUCCACCCUGCGCUACAUCUGCAGCCCCUGAAUGUAUUAAUUUGGAAUGUGGUUCUGAUCAGUUUCUCCCAUCCCUAAAAUUCCUGGUAAUCUGGUUUGUUCCAGAGCCAAAUAAAACAGACAAGAUUUUGUGUGCGUGUGUGUGUGUGUGUGUGUGUGUGAUUAUGUGUGUGUGAUUAUGUGUGGUAUGCAUGCACAUGCAAUAUGUGCAUAUGUGUGCAUAUGUGUGUGUGCAACUUUUGCAUAAGAACAAAAUUUAAAAUUGCUGUCAUGUUGUUUCUGAAGUUUCCUGCCCAGCUAAGUAAACACAGGCUAUCUUCCCAAAAAAGAGAGGGUACCUCUGACCUUCUCUCCUUGUCCUAGAAUUCCUCUCAAAAUUUCCAGAUGGUGACUUGAACUGAAUUUGGAAGGGGCUGUUAGUCGUUUGGGCCGUCCUCUCCGCGUCUAGCCCUACCUCUGUCCGUCUCAGCCAAGGCCCUGAAGAAACCUAAAAGCCAGCAGAAGAGCAUGGGCAGGAAGUUGGCCCAAAGAAGUAGCCUCUCAACAUGAAUUGUCCAUUUCAGCUCAAAGUAGCAAAGCCCUUUCUCAGCAGGGUGGGUGGGUUAUAUGCUCAUAGAACACGGCGCAUGAUGGGUAAGAGGAUCCAGACUACCCAGUGUGUCCCAGGUAUUCCCAGGGAGGCUGAGUAGUGCACAAAUAGGCCUUGGCAUUACCACAAAACGGGACUGGAAACUCAAAGCAAUUCUUUCUUGGAGUGUGUGUGUGUGUGUGUGUGUGUGUGUGUGUGUGUGUGUGUUUUCACAGCUUUCAUGCACAUGUGGGUGUCUGCACAGGUGUCUUGAACAUUCUGGGUCCAGGUUCAAGCCUCAUAGAGAAGGAUUCAGAGCAGAGCUACUGGGACCUCAGGUUAUAGGAUCGGGCCAUCCCAGAAGGCACCAGCGCAGGAGGGCUGCAGCAGAGGGCUCAGCAUCCUAAGCCGGCUCUUGCUAUUUUUCUGACCCUGCCAACCAUUUAUCCAACCCAUUUCCAAUGGUCUAACAAGGACCACUUAGGGAAGAGAAGUACGCUGCCCUUUCCCCGGCCAGUAAAGGGCCAACCCCGCAGGCUCGCCUGUGGUUGGCCACUGCAUUGGUGCUUCAGCCCCUUCCCCUAUACUCUGUGCCCUCAAAGAGACUCAGCGAUCAUCCCACAAGCCAGCCACCCACUGCCCAACCAAUUCCAAAUGGCACCAUUCCAAAAGGGCUUUUUUUUCCUUGUUAAAUAAAAGUAAAACCUAGUCAAGGUGUUCAAAGGUCUCUGCCCAAGAGAUAAAUCUAGAAAACUAAAAACAGCAGAGGUAAUUAUAAUCCAACUUUACGAGGGAAACAAGGCUCCAGCUGCCUCCAAGAGGAAAGCCCGCUCUCCCACAUCCAUACCCAAAGGGAAUCUGUCUGUCUCCAUCUCCCUCAUUGGAUAUAGGGCGUGGGGAAGAGGUAGUGUGUGAACUUCAGAGUGAGCCCAAACCUAGGUGGUUUUGAAAGGCAAGGUAGACCAGUAAGCCAGAGUUACCCGAACCACUAUCUUCUAAAACUAAAUUAAAUAGGAACUGGUUUACCAAAUCUCAGCCCAUGGAGGUGUUUCCCAUGACACUGCGGUUACAGAGCAGCUGUGGGAAAUGUGGGGUUGCCCGAUUCUAUCCCACUUAGAUGUGCGAAACUCGGUUUGGAUAGGCAGGGAUGUACCACAGAAGACAGCCCCCAGGGUCUAACUCAACAGCCCAGCUCCCAGUCUCGGGGUUUCCCCAAGGUUUGAACCGCUUGAGGCCACCGGGCAUCCAAGAGCCAGAUGUGGAUACAGGGAGUGCAGGGCAGCUGACCUCUUUCUCUCUGGGGCCCAUUUGGCUUGAGUCGAAGCUAAAGGGCAAGGGGUCCCCCUUUUCUACACUGGCGGGAACUCAUGGCCUUCUGUCCGCGUGCUGAUGGCACAGAGCAGUCAUCCAGCCUGUGUUCUGGGGUGUGUGCAUGUGAGGGUGGUAAGUUCCGGAGGAUGAGUGGAAGAAGGCAGUACUGGAUUCUCACCUGGCUGGGGGUGUUGCUCGCUGGGAAGGAAAACGUGGAAGUCCCUGUUUCUCUGAAGUGUCCCCACGAAUGUCAUCUCGCCUAUGACCAUAUUUAGAGUCACAGUGAUGCCCACAUUUGAUGUUGGCAGCCUCAAGCUGAGAGGGGUCAUGAUCUACUCAAAGCCCCCACCCCCACCCUGAGGCUGGUCAGCACCGGCUGUCAUCCUUCUUGUUCCUACUUAAGUUCACAGGGAGUCACAUGGAGACCACAUUGGCUAUCCAGUAGUCCAAGCCAAGGGUCCGAGGUGGGGGUGGGGUAUAUGGGACUUGACUAGAGCAGGGACAUGGGAGCCAGUGUCUACCACUGGAUCUCAUUACCUGAGCUGUAAGAACCAAUGGCCCCUCUUUUUAUCUGAGCCUGGAAGGCCCCCCUUACAAUAAUGACAAGCACCCCAAUCCCAUCAGCUCAGACUCUCUGUCCCCUCCCCCCAGGACCCCAGAGUGUAAGGCCCGGGUUCUUCUGCCAGCAAAGCCAUUCGGAUUGCUCCAUCUUUCAAGGAGGCCAAGCCAACCAUAUUAGCCAUACUCCACCAGGGUCUUCACCACUCUUCUUUGGGUUGUGUUCAUGGGUCCUGUUCAACCUUCAUCAGUAGAAGGCUCUAGCCCUUCCUGUCCAUGUGACAGUGCACAUCAGCGUGCAUGUCUUAUACGUGCACAUGAGUGCACACACAAGGAAACCAACAAAACUCCAGUGUCGUCUUCUGCAUGUGGUGAGAGGGACUUGUGACCCCUAUGUGACCUCCAGCUGCUGUCCUGUCUUGUAUAAAAAAAAAAAAAUCACAUGUUUAAGAAUUUUCAAGCAAAUGGUCCCUUAAUGAAGUCUGCAGCGUUCAAAUAAAAGAUCCGGAGAAAACAA